UGAUCCCUUUAAGAAACCACAGGCGGAGGAAUUUCUCUGAGAGAAAAUAAUCCUACUCACGGGGCCCCUUGGAGGCCAUUAACCCCCCGAGUCCCGGCCCCCCCGCCCCGCCAGGCCCUCCCGUCCACGCGCACUGCCGUGGGACCCCAGGAGCUGCGGCCAGUGUGCGGCCUCCGCCCCCUCGUCACUCCCGCGCCAGGCCCGGUCGGGGCGAGGGGACCGCCGCCGCGAGCCGGGUGCCGUGUCUGCAGUGUGGGCGGGGGCCGAGGGGUGAGAGGGGCCGCGACCGCGGCGCCGGGAGCCGCCGCGGUUCCGAGCGGGGCCCAACAUGGCGGAGCGAGAGGUGGAAACCGGCCCCCGAAAGAGGUUUGAACAGAAAAGUGGUGCAGUUUUUGAUGAAAUUGUAGAGAACUGUGGUGGUAUCAUGGAUACAGAAAUGUCUGAAGAUAUAGACCACAACUUAACUCCUACCCUUGACAGCAUGUCUUUUGGAAUGCCGAAUCAAACAGGAUCUGAAAAUUCAUUGCUGGAUGAAGAUGAUUAUUUUUUGAACUCUGGGGAUCUUGCAGGAAUUCCAGUCGUUGGUAGUGACAAUGAGGAUGAACAGAAUUUUAGUUCAAAGGACAAUCUUGUUUCUUCAAUUCAUACUGAUGAUAGUUUGGAAAUAGAGAGAAGAGCCACUCAGCAUGAAUCAGACAAUGAAAAUGAAAUACAAAUUCAAAAUAAAUUAAAAAAAGACUUUCCUAAACAAUUUGAUCAGGUUUCUGUCUUUAAAUCAAUACGAAAAGAUUUUAGUUUAGUAAGAGAAAACAGCAAAGAGACAUUUUCUGGAAAGGAGAAAAAUAGAGACCUGACUUAUCAUGAACGUGAAAAACGGUUGGAUAAACCCCAUAAAGAUUUGGAUACAAGGUUGAAAAGCAGUUUUUUUGAUAAAGCAGCUAAUCAAGUUGAAGAACCAUUACAUACCCAUUUACCACAAACCCCAGAAUCAAACUUUAGGGACUCCAGCUACCCAUUUGCCAAUAAAGAAUCCAUUGGUUCGGAACUGGGGAAUUCCUUUGCACCAAAUAUUAGAAUUAAAGAAGAACCUUUGGAUGAUGAGUAUGACAAAGCAAUGGCACCACAGCAGGGACUACUAGACAAAAUUAAAGAUGAACCUGAAAAUGCUCAAGAGUAUAGUCAUGGCCAACCUCAAAAAGCUCAAGAGGGGGAACUGAAAAUUAGUGCUGUGUUUUCAGUCAGUGGCAGUCCUCUUGCUCCACAGUUGACUACUGGCUUUCAGCCUUCACUGGCAUCAUCUGGCAUGAAUAAAAUGCUCCCUUCAGUUCCAGCCACAGCUGUUCGAGUUUCCUGUUCUGGUUGUAAAAAAAUCCUCCAGAAGGGACAGACUGCUUAUCAGAGGAAAGGGUCUACUCAGCUUUUCUGCUCCACACUGUGCCUCACUGGAUACACAGUUCCACCUGCCCGCCCACCACCUCCUCUCACCAAGAAAACUUGUUCAAGUUGCUCAAAAGACAUUUUAAAUCCAAAGGAUGUGAUCAGUGCCCAGUUUGAAAAUACCACCACCAGUAAAGAUUUUUGCAGUCAGUCAUGUUUGUCAACCUAUGAACUGAAAAAAAAACCUAUUGUUACCAUAAAUACAAAUAGCAUUUCGACCAAAUGCAGCAUGUGUCAGAAGAAUGCUGUUAUUCGACAUGAAGUUAAUUACCAGAAUGUGGUCCAUAAACUUUGCAGUGAUGCCUGCUUCUCUAAGUUUCGCUCUGCUAACAACCUCACUAUGAACUGUUGUGAGAACUGUGGAGGUUACUGUUACAGUGGCUCUGGUCAGUGCCACAUGCUUCAGAUUGAGGGACAGUCAAAGAAGUUUUGUAGCUCAAUGUGUGUCACUUCAUAUAAGCAGAAAUCAGCCAAAAUAACACCAUGUGCGCUUUGCAAAUCAUUGAGAUCCUCAGCAGAAAUGAUUGAAAAUACCAAUAGUUUGGGGAAGACAGAACUUUUCUGUUCUGUUAAUUGCUUAUCUGCUUACAGAGUAAAAAUGGUUACUUCUGCAGGUGUACAAGUUCAGUGUAACAGUUGUAAAACCUCAGCAAUCCCUCAGUAUCAUCUAGCCAUGUCAGAUGGAAGUAUACGCAACUUCUGCAGCUACAGUUGUGUGGUAGCUUUUCAGAAUUUGUUUAACAAACCAACUGGAAUGAAUUCUUCAGUUGUGCCCUUGUCUCAGGGCCAAGUAAUUGUGAGCAUCCCCACUGGUUCAACAGUGUCAUCAGGUGGAGGGAAUUCCUCUGCUGUCUCUCCCACCUCCAUCAGCAGCUCUGCUGCUGCUGGUCUCCAGCGUCUUGCUGCCCAGUCCCAGCAUGUUGGGUUUGCACGAAGUGUUGUGAAACUCAGGUGUCAACACUGUAACCGUCUUUUUGCGACAAAACCAGAACUUCUUGACUAUAAGGGUAAAAUGUUUCAGUUCUGUGGCAAGAAUUGUUCUGAUGAAUAUAAGAAAAUAAAUAAUGUAAUGGCAAUGUGUGAAUAUUGUAAAAUUGAGAAAAUUGUAAAGGAGACUGUACGAUUCUCAGGUGCUGACAAGUCAUUUUGUAGUGAAGGUUGCAAAUUGCUUUAUAAACAUGACCUGGGAAAACGCUGGGGAAGUCACUGUAAAAUGUGCAGUUAUUGUUUACAAACAUCUCCCAAAUUGAUACAGAAUAAUUUGGGUGGAAAGGUGGAAGACUUCUGUUGUGAAGAAUGCAUGUCUAAAUACACAGUUUUGUUUUAUCAGAUGGCCAAAUGUGAUGGUUGCAAGCGACAGGGUAAACUUAGUGAAUCUUUGAAAUGGAGAGGUGAAAUAAAACACUUUUGUAACCUGCUUUGCAUCUUGAUGUUCUGCCAUCAGCAAAGUGUAUGUGACCCACCUUCACAAAACAAUACAGCAAGUAUUUCCAUGGUUCAAGCUGCUUCUGCCGGGCCCCCAUCACACAGAAAAGAUUCAACUCCAGUUAUUGCUAAUGUGGUGUCUUUGGCAAGUACUCCCGCUGCUCAGCCCACAGCAAAUUCUAACAGUGUCUUACAAGGUGCAGUUCCAACAGUAACAGCCAAAAUCAUUGGAGACGCAAGUACACAAACAGAUGCCCUGAAACUUCCACAUUCCCAGCCUCCAAGGAUUUUGAAGAACAAGGCUUUAUUGUGCAAACCUAUCACACAGACCAAAGCCACUUCAUGCAAACCACAUACCCAAAACAAAGAAUGCCAGACAGAAGAUACUCCAAGUCAGCCCCAGCUUAUUGUGGUGCCUGUUCCUGUGCCAGUGUUUGUGCCCAUACCCCUUCAUCUUUAUACUCAGUAUGCACCUGUCCCCUUUGGAAUUCCAGUUCCUAUGCCUGUCCCCAUGCUAAUUCCAUCCUCAAUGGAUAAUGAAGAUAAAGUCACUGACAGUAUUGAAGACAUUAAGGAAAAGCUUCCCACACAUCCAUUUGAAGCUGACCUCCUUGAGAUGGCAGAAAUGAUUGCAGAAGAUGAAGAAAAGGAGAAGACACUAUCCCAGGGAGAAUCUCAAACUUCCGAACAGGAACUCUUUCUAGACACCAAGAUAUUUGAAAAAGACCAAGGAAGCACCUACAGUGGUGAUCUUGAAUCAGAGGCAGUAUCUACUCCACAUAGCUGGGAGGAGGAACUGAAUCAUUAUGCCUUAAAGUCAAAUGCUGUGCAAGAGGCAGAUUCGGAACUGAAGCAGUUCUCCAAAGGGGAAACAGAGCAAGAUCUGGAGGCCGAUUUCCCAUCAGAAUCCUUUGACCCACUUAAUAAAGGACAGGGAAUCCAGGCACGUUCCCGAACCAGACGACGACACAGAGAUGGCUUCCCCCAGCCCAGACGAAGAGGGCGGAAGAAGUCUAUAGUAGCUGUGGAGCCCAGAAGUCUUAUUCAUGGAGCCUUUCAAGGGUGCUCAGUGUCUGGGAUGACGUUGAAGUAUAUGUAUGGGGUAAAUGCCUGGAAGAACUGGGUUCAGUGGAAAAAUGCCAAGGAAGAGCAAGGAGAUCUAAAGUGCAGUGGAGGUGAACAUGCCUCAGCCAGCCCAGGCUCUGACUCCUUAGGAAGUAAUCAAGACCAGGUACUCUGUCAAGAGUCUUCAGAGUCAGCCUGUAAAGUCCGCUCUAUGAAGUUGAAGGAAGAUAUUCUAUCCUGCACUUUUGCUGAGUUGAGUUUGGGGUUAUGUCAGUUCAUCCAAGAAGUGCGGAGACCAAACGGUGAAAAGUAUGACCCAGACAGUAUCUUGUACUUGUGCCUUGGAAUUCAGCAGUACUUGUUUGAAAAUGGUAGAAUAGAUAACAUUUUUACUGAGCCCUACUCCAGAUUUAUGAUUGAACUUACCAAACUCUUGAAAAUAUGGGAGCCUACAAUACUUCCUAAUGGUUAUAUGUUCUCUCGCAUUGAAGAGGAGCAUUUGUGGGAGUGCAAACAGCUGGGCGCUUACUCGCCAAUCGUCCUGUUAAACACCCUUCUGUUUUUUAAUACCAAAUACUUUCAACUAAAGAAUGUCACUGAACACUUGAAGCUUUCCUUUGCCCACGUGAUGAGACGGACCAGAACUCUGAAGUACAGUACCAAGAUGACCUACCUGAGGUUCUUCCCAGUGUCACAGAAGCAGGAGUCAGAACCAGAUAAACUAACCAUUGGCAAGAGGAAACGAAAUGAAGAUGAUGAGGUUCCAGUGGGUGUGGAGAUGGCAGAGAAUACUGACAACCCACUGAGAUGCCCUGUCCGACUGUAUGAAUUUUACCUGUCAAAAUGUUCUGAGAGUGUGAAGCAGAGGAAUGACGUAUUCUACCUUCAGCCUGAGCGCUCCUGUGUUCCAAACAGCCCCAUGUGGUACUCCACAUUCCCGAUAGACCCUGGUACCCUGGACACCAUGUUGACACGUAUUCUCAUGGUGAGGGAGGUACAUGAAGAACUUGCCAAAGCUAAAUCUGAAGACUCUGAUGUUGAAUUAUCAGAUUAAGAUGGAAGUGAGGUUCCUAUUUUCAUAUGCAUUUGUAUGCACCAAACUGUGAACACAUCCAGCUGUUGGAAGGAGAUAUCUAAAUCCAAGUCCUGUUGACUUGAUUAUGAGACAGUGAAAACCAGUGUGGAUGUGCAAGCUGAAGGAAGGACUGUGAGCUGAGAAAUGUCAUUUGGCAGUGAUAGAGUCCAUAGACAUCUUCCAAUGACUAACCAGUUUCUGCGUGGUGCAUAAUCUUAUUUUGUUUGGGAAUAACAAAUUGUGGAAUAUUUUUCAGGAAAACCGUUGUGUAAAACUCUACCAUAGUAACCUUAGACCUUAGAGGGGUAGCUUUGGAGUGAGACCCUGGCUGCCACAGGCAAGUUGAGCAAGCCCUCCCUGAAAGCCAGGGGAGAAAUCAGUACAGAGCUGAGAGAGAGAGCAGAUGAGGACAGUGGGACCCAGCCUUGAAGAUCCCAUAAAACUACUCAAGUCUGGUGGGGUUUUUUGUUUUACAGAUAGUGGUCUUGAUUGGUUUUUUCACUGCCACCUCAAUUAUGUGGAAGUUAAAAGCUUUGGUACUUGUACCACAGACCCCUCCUAUCAGAGGAAAUGACCUCCACUACUGUUAACCAGUAGUGUGUCACUUUCCCUUUCCUGGUUCUUGCUGCCUCGGCAGUGGGUCUGGAUAUGGGUAAAUUAGGAUAAAGAGAAUUAUAUUCCACAAGGAAGUUAGGCACACAGAAAAUCUGUGGAGCCCAUUAGACCCAAGUAUCUUGAAAUGUUUGUAGAAAAUCCACUAAGAUGCCUACUUCUCUGGGUGCAGGCCUAAGCCUACACUGUGUCCAGCAGAAGUAGGGUGUCCUUUGGUUUUCAAUUUUCCCCCAGUGGCAGCUUUUCUCCCAUUGUUUACUUCCUUGUUUCCGGAAUGAUUCUUCCUGUCUUUUGCACCAGCUUCUGGAGGCCCUUGUCAUUUCAAAAGGAAAAUCUGUCUCCUGAACUCUGAUAAACAUGUGGGUAAUUCCACAAAGGCACAGUAUUACGUAGCUAUCCAAAUGAUAGGAAAGGUCUUAAUAGGCUUCCUAAGUAAAGCAUUUGGAAGAUGACCUUGUUGCUCCAGAGAGCUUGAAAAGAGGAUUCUGGCUUAGUGUGCACAGAUACUGACCAUCUGCAUAUCAGUGAGCAGGUCUUCUAGCAUUAUUCCAAACUCUAGCUGUUUUAGUAGUUCUAUGAGGCAAGGCAUAGACGUGUGUGGAACUAUCAGUCUGUCUCCUUCAUCUCCAUUCUCAGUUCCCCAAAAAUUUUGAAUCAAGCUUUUAGUGAUGUUGGCCAGUUACAUAACUUUUUAAAUUGAGGUUCAUUUGAACCUGUAGUAAAAUUUAAAGAAGUCAAAAAGCUUCCAGAUCUUUUUCCAAGCAAACCUUGACUUUUCAGUGUGUCCCAUAUUUUUUUUAAACGAAUGAAAGUCAUUUAAAUACAACAAUUUAAAAAUGGGCCUUUUGACAUUGUGUACUUGCUGGUUCUGUUCCUCUGCUUGUAACGAUUCUCAUUUUUGUUACAAAGAACUGUGUGAAAGAAGUCAAGUCUGCUGGAGUCUGUGUGAUUAAUUCCACCUGCGUUUGCCAUUUCUGAUUGCGAAACUGACUUCCAGACUUCCGUGACUGGUGGAAAAGCAGUUGGAUUGUCUGAUAAGUCUGCCAAUAAACCAUCCAGAACCACCAGGUGUUACAGUCCCACUGUAUAAAUUCUAUGAUUUGUAUAAACACUGAGAUUUUCCCCAUCUAUAGUUGUAUGUAAAACAAAUACUAUUAGUAUAGUAAAUUGUUAGAAAAUACCAGAAAGGGGGAAAAAAAAACCCUGUAUCUUUUAAGAGAAAAACCAGUACCCAGAUAAGUGACUUCUUGAGCUGCAUGCUAGCACAGGGUCGCAAGACCCCCGAGCUGAUUCGUAAGAGAACACACUGGUUAAUUAUUGGUCAUUCCUCAGGAGUAUAGCUGUUUGUUGUGUCAAAUUCUUUACUCUUUUAAUUUUAGUAGAAUUGUGUGAAGUUACAUUUUUUCCCUUAGGAAGAGAAAAAAACAACUAGCAAAAAAAUGGGAAAAAAAUCUACAAACGGAAACAGCUCUCCUUCAUGUUCCUUUGGUCUUUAGUCACAUUUAGAUUUUUCCCUUUGCAGAAACCGCAGAACUAUUCCCUUAGAAUAAAACAGUAUAUUUGUAUUUGAUGGGCGAAUUCUUUUUCUUCAUGUCUUGAAAGAAUUUUAAAUAUAUUUUUCUAUUUGACCUUACUGUUAGAAUCCAAAAAAUGGAAAAUUAUAAAGAAAAAGCAGCUUUCAGAGAAGAAGUCAUUUGGUUUUUAUUCUUUGCAGUAAAUGUAUUGUCUCACUGCA